AUGUCUGCUAUGUACAAAUGGUCCACUGAGGAAUUGAUAUCCUUUUUGAAAAGUAAAGACCUACGAUUGGAUGAUGAAGACUUUCAGGUUCUUCGUGAAAAAAAAAUCGAUGGAGUUAUUUUUCCUAACUUAACAGAGGAAAGGUUGAUAGAAUACGGGUUAAAGCGUGGACCUGCCAUGAUGAUCUCUAUGGAGUGGUCUCUCUUGGAUUUCUCUAAUUGGGUCUCCUCUUGUUGGCCUUCUACAGCAGAGGAUACGAGAAAAACAAAUCAAUUUUUCUUUAACACACUAUACAUCCUAAGAGACGAUCCAGCGGUUUCUACUGAAGUUCUCGAUGUGGUCACAAAUUUGUUGACGCAGAAAAAGAAAGUUUUAUUUGGAGAUUCUUGUGGAGGAAAAAUCUCAAAAGAAUCGGCUCGCAAACCGACAGAAUUACUGAACACGUGCAAUCGAGUCAAAAAAGAUUAG